AUGGAGGUAUCUAGAUAUUCCCGAGAAAAGAAGCUGGUAAGGGAGGCAGUGGUGAUGGUAGACCUCAGAUUUGCAACAUCAUGGAUUCUAGGGGCAGCCAUUAGAGAACAGAAGACGUACCUCGAAGAAAUUUUGCAGGACAUAGGAAAGACGAAAUACAAGGAGCAGAGUGAGAAGAAGAGUUUGGAGGGAGACGGAGAGUUUGAAUUUGAAAAGAGUAAAGGUAGAGAAAGGACGUUUUUGACAGGAGCCUCCCUAGGGUUGCGCGGUCAUAAUUGGGACCUAGGAAUUUACCCCAUCAUUACUCAUGGAAUAACUAUUGAGGAGGUAAAAGGGCAUUUGAUAACUGCCGGACUUCUAGCACUUGGGCUGAGGCCGGACCCUGGAAAAAGAGACAGGCCCAAAGCCCAGUAUACCUCACUGAGCAACCCGAUUCACCAUUAUGCCAUCCAGCCUAGGGUUCAAGCAAGCCGGACUGACCCUAGGCUUGAAUCCAUCAGAAGAGAGUCUAGCUCGAGUAUGAUUGCUGGGUAUGAGACAGUUACAGUUGCAAUGACGUGGGCACUUGCCCUACUGCUGAACAAUCGAUUUGCAUUGAGAAGGGCACAAGAAGAACUCGACAAAGUUGUUGGCAAGGAACGAUUAGUGAAUGAAAAAGACAUCAGCAAACUUGUUUAUCUCCAAGCCAUAGUUAAAGAAACGCUACGUCUCUACCCACCAGGAUUUAUCCCUGGGCCUCGUCAGUUCACUCGGGACUGCACCAUAGGUGGCUAUUAUGUCCCAAAAAACACUUGGCUAAUGGUUAAUGUUUGGAAGAUACAAAGGGACCCUCGUGUGUGGCCAGACCCAAUGGAGUUCAAGCCAGAAAGGUUUCUCACAACCCGUAAGAACGUUGAUGUCAGGAGCCAAAACUUUGAGUUGCUUCCAUUUGGAGGUGGCAGAAGAGCAUGCCCUGCGGCAUCUUAUGCGCUCCACAUAGUGCAUUUGACAUUAGCCACUUUGCUGCAGGCUUUUGAAAUUUCCACUCCCGAAGAUGCAGCUGUUGAUAUGACUCCUGGCAUUGGACUAACAAAUAUGAAAACGACCCCCUUGAAAGUUGUCGUAUCACCUCGGCUGCAGCCCUGUUGUUUUGAAUAA